UUUCUCAUUCUCGUUUAUGCCGCGGAGGUGUGUGGUGUGUGGUGGUGGUUUGCGAAUGUAAAUUGCGAUAUUGAAGUAUGAUGCCAUUGUAGUUCAGUGUUUUAUUAACUUAAGCCUUUGGAGGUCGCUGAAGUGUCAAAAUUUUGCAAUUUUGUCCUUAGGAGCAGCCAUGAGGCUUUCAAGAUGCUUGCGAAGCGUGAACAAGAUGUUGGAAUAUUACUCUGGAUUCAAUCCAUCUCCUUUGUCCAUAAAACAGUUUAUUGACUUUGGUAAGGCUGCAUCAGAGCAGCAGAGUUUCAUAUUUCUUCGUCAGGAGGUGCCGGUGCGGCUGGCUAAUAUCAUGCGUGAGAUCCAGCUGCUGCCCGAGAGUCUGCUCACACAGCCAUCAUGCCGUACGGUGUGUGAGUGGUACAUGCAGAGCUUCAAUGACAUCCUCCGCUUUGAGGAGACCGGCCCGCCCACCGACAGCGUUCUCAGAGAUUUCUGCGAGACGCUGAUCACGAUCCGCAACCGGCACAGCAGCGUAGUGCAGACCAUGGCCGAGGGUGUCAUCGAGAUGAAACAGAGCGUCAAGCUGGACACCUCGACCGAGAACAACAUCCAGUACUUCCUCGACCGCUUCUACAUGAGCCGCAUCAGCAUACGCAUGCUCAUCAACCAGCACACGCUGCUGUUCGGGAAACAGCGCAAAGAGGCCGGCGUCGGUCAGGUGGGCUGCAUCGACCCCUUCUGUAACGUGGUGCACGUGAUCGAGGACGCUGCUGCCAACGCGCGCUUCCUCUGCGACCGGUACUACCUGGCCUCGCCCGAGAUCGAGAUCACACAGGUCAACGCCAUGGUGGCCCCGGACGCCGGCAGCAGCAGCGACAGCGACGGCGGCGUGCAGUCGCCCAUCACGCUGGUGUACGUGCCGUCGCACCUGUACCACAUCCUGUUCGAGCUGCUGAAGAACUCGAUGCGCGCCGUGGUCGAACACUACCCGGACACCUCCGACUUUCCGGCCAUCCAGCUGCUGGUGGUCAACGGCAAGGAGGACCUCACCAUCAAGAUCUCGGACCGCGGUGGCGGCGUGCCCCGCAGCGUCAGCGACAUGCUCUUCCACUAUCUGUACUCGACGGCGCCCAAGCCGUCGGCCUCGGGUGACGCCGCUCCGCUAGCAGGGUACGGAUACGGCCUGCCGCUCUCCCGACUGUACGCACGCUACUUCCAGGGUGACCUGAUCGUCAACUCGUGCGAGGGAUACGGCACAGACGCCAUCAUCUACCUGAAGGCGCUGGCCAAGGAUGCCAACGAGGUGCUGCCUGUGUUCAACAAGUCGUGCGAGCGCCACUACCAGAGCGCGCUGCGUGCCCCUGACUGGUCGUCUCACGUGCUGGGCGCCAACACGGGCAGCGCCGGCGGCCGCAACCUGAGCACCUGGGCGGCGGCGCCUCCGGCCGGCACUGCACGCUGUUGACGACGGGCCGCGGCGGCCGGCCGGCAGGCCAUGACGUCGCCGCCCGUACUGUAGGCAGUGGAGAGGACACCGGUCACAGUAGCCCGGGGUCCGCCCACGGACCAGGACACCGGUCACCGUAGCCCGGGGUCCGCCCACAGACCAGGACACCGGUCACCGCAGCCCGGGGUCCGCCCACGGACCAGGACACCGGUCACCGUAGCCCGGGGUCCGCCCACGGACCAGGACAUCGGUCACCGUAGCCCGGAGUCCUCCUCUGGACCAGGACACCGGUCGCAGUAGCCCGGGGUACUUCCCUUGAGUGGGCAGCAGACCGGGGAGGGCACCGACCGCAGUCGCCCGAGAUUUUCCGUCGCUGUGGAUACCGGUCAGUAGCCCGAGGGCCGCCCUCGCUGUAGGUAGGCGAUCGCAGAAGCUCGAGGGCCGCCCUCGCUGUGGGCAGCGGCCCGAACACCGGUCAGAGGAGGCUGGUGCACAGUCAGGACCGCCCGGGGCUCAGCCGCCGGCUGACGGCGGCUGACCAGGUAGCCGGCUGCUCUAACAGGUCGGGCCGGCGGGGAUCGAGUCCUGCGCUCCCGCCCUCUGUGCCAUGUCUCUGCAGAGACUGCCACCGAUCGCCGGUGCAGGCAGGGUGUGCCAGCCUACGGCGGCGCCCCGGUGUGGCUGGAGUACAAGUGUCUGUUGUCUGUGCACCAGCGUAGUAUGAUUUUAUUCGCGCACUUCCAGAGCUCUAUACCUUUGUUAGCACUCAGUACAAACAGGUUGCCAAUGCUGUUGGUUUCUUGUGCCAUAUAUAGAUUCUAUCGUAGUUUAGCCUUCACGAUGGUCAGUACGGUGGAUAACGGUGCCCUCAACACACAAACUUUCGGAUGCCACCAAGUUGCCACACUCAGUGAAAUGGCCGCGCCUCCGAAUGCGGUCGGACGCUCUCAGUGUUCACCUGGCUGUGUCGUCAUGCACCAUGGCUUUCGUUGUACAUCUGAAUUACGUACCUACUAGGAAUCCAAUCAUGACAUCUUCGUCCCUUCGUAAAUUCUCCGAUUUCCGUUUGUUUUCAAUGGAUGAUUGCCGCACUUGUAUUUUUAUGGAGGCUGUGUGAGUUGAACCUGUGACUAUGACCUUAGAGUCAGGGGUGGCGGAAAAGUUGGGUCGGAAGCGUUCGUUUAUCGCUGUCAGUGAUCGAAGCUCUUUUGGAACGCACCAAGAACACACGCAAAAUAAGUAUCGUUGGGCCAUGCGAUGUUGAUUCUGUAGCCUCGUAUCAGAGCACUAUUGGCACAUGAUGGUAUAUUUUCAACCGUGGAUAUCGAAGACGGCCGCUUUUAAAGAAAGUACGGGGUAUUAAGUUUGUGCAGAGUAUCAUGAAACUUUGGCGUGAUUUUAGUGACCUAUGAGCGUGCAAUGUUAGCAUAUAUUGUUUUAGUAAGCCAGAUGUACAUGGUGACCCACCCCGUAUACAUAGCCGCUGUCCCAGCCGAGCGAGGUAGACUACUAGCACCCUAUGGGGAUGAGUUUGUGAAAAUGUACCGGUUCUGCAGGUGAAGGCCGGUCCUCAGUCGAUUGUUACCACCUACCAGUAGCGGUGUUUUGGUUGUGUGACGUCUUCCAGCUGAGAGGCUGGCCGUUCGGCGAGAAAACUGUGUCGGGGGUUAGGGCGUCUUCCUAUAAAUGCGAGUGAGAUAUUCUAGAAUAAAUGUGGGUUUGUGUGCUG